AUGGGAAGUAAGACCCUGCCGGCCCCAGUGCCUAUCCACCCUUCCCUCCAGCUCACCAACUACUCCUUCCUGCAAGCCUUCAACGGGCUGCCCGCCGUGCCCUCUGACCACCUCUCCAACCUCUACGGCUUCAGCGCCCUGCACGCCGUGCACCUGCACCAGUGGACUUUGGGGUACCCAGCCAUGCACCUGCCCCGCUCCUCCUUCUCCAAGGUGCCCAGCGUGUCCAGCCUGGUGGACGCCAGGUUCCAGCUGCCCACCUUCCCUCUCUUCCCACACGUCAUCCAGCCCAAGCAAGAGGCCACCAACGUGACCCUCAAAGCAAAACCCCGCUUCGACUUUGCCAACUUGGCAGUGGCUGCCACGCAAGAGGACCACUCUAAACUGGGACAGGCAGACAGUCAGGGGUCCCCCCCAGGGCUGGGGUCUUUGCUUGAGGUGACUAAACUCUCUCCAGAGAAGAAACCCACACGGGGAAGGUUACCAUCCAAAACCAAGAAGGAGUUCGUAUGUAAAUUCUGUGGCAGGCACUUCACCAAGUCCUACAACCUUUUGAUUCAUGAAAGAACCCACACCGACGAGCGGCCCUACACAUGUGACAUCUGCCACAAGGCCUUCAGAAGACAGGAUCACCUGAGGGAUCACAGAUAUAUCCAUUCUAAAGAAAAGCCUUUCAAGUGUCAAGAAUGCGGGAAAGGAUUUUGCCAGUCCAGAACACUAGCUGUCCACAAGACACUGCACACGCAAGUAAAGGAACUGAAACCUGCCAAACUUAAGUGCUGAACCUCCAGCUUCUAUGAACUUUUCCUCCCUUUUUCAGACUUUACACCAAAACAACAGCAGAAACAAAACCUUCAGGAUGGAAGCACUGAACUUGCCGUUUUGUUUUUGUUUGUGCUUGAAAAAAGAGCAAAAUC